AUGUGCAUCCAAUAUCCAGAUGGAGAAUGUGAGCUUAAGUCUGGGUUAAUCCAUCUUUUACCCAAAUUCCAUGGAUUAGCAGGAGAAGACCCGUACCAUCAUUUGAAGGAAUUUCAUGUUGUUUGUUCAUCCAUGAGACCUACAACAGUGACAGAGGAACAUAUCAAGCUUAAGGCUUUUCCAUUCUCAUUGCAAGAUGCCGCUAAGAAUUGGUUAUACUGCCUUCCGCCAGGAUCCAUCAAUACCUGGGAGACUCUGAAAAGAUUAUUUCUGGAAAAGUUUUUUCCAGCAUCUAGAGUUGCUGCUAUUCGCAAAGAUAUUUAUGGGAUAAGGCAACAAGAAAGAGAAAGUCUUCACGAGUAUUGGGAAAGAUUCAAAAAGUUGUGUGCUUCCUGUCCUCAUCACCAAAUAAACGAGCAUCUCCUCAUUCAAUACUUUUAUGAGGGAUUGAGUAUCAUGGAUAGACAAAUGAUAGAUGCUGCAAGUGGAGGGUCAUUGGUGGACAAAACGCCAACAAAUGCAAGACAAUUGAUUGAAACUAUGGCGUCGAACCAUCAACAAUUUUCCACAAGGAGUAAUUCUAUAACUCUAUUGAAGGGAACCCAUGGAGUAGAAGCUUCAUAUGUUGCAGAUCACAAGAAAUUAGAAGGGAAGUUGGAUGACUUAGCAGCCAUGGUAAGGACCUUGACAGACUUACAGAAAAAGCCUAUCCCUUCUACUUUAUGUGGAAUUUGUGCUUCUACUAAUCAUCCUACAGAGGCUUGUUCUAUGUUAAAAGAGACAGGGACGUUAGACAAUGAACAACCUCAGGCAUAUGCUGCAAACAUCUAUGGCAAUAAUAGACCACCUCGGCAGCAAUACAACCAUGAUUUGUCCUCCAACAAGUACAACCCAGAUUGGAAGGAAUAUCCCAGCCAGAAAUGGGGAAAUCAACAGCCUCAACACCAACAAGUAUUCAAACAUGGAGCAAUGAUGAAAAUGAUGGCUGACAUGAUGAAGGGACAAAUCAAUGAGUUGAAACAGACGAUGGAAGCAACCAAUCAAAAUUUGCAGAACCAGAUUGGACAAAUGGCAAAUGAGUUAAAUCAGAUGAAGUCUCAACAAGGCUCGAGCAAUUUGCCUGCACAAACUGUAAUCAACCCGAGAAAUGUAAGUGCUAUUACUUUAAGAUCGGGUAAGCAAAUACAAGGUCUUGGGGAUGCCCAAGAAGAUGAAGAUAAGGACAAUGAAGUUAUGCCUGCACCCAGUGAUAACUCCAGGUUGGUAUCCCCUAAUACUUCCUCUGAAAAUCCUUCUCCUUAUUCUCCUCCUCCUCCCUAUCCAAACCGUUUGAAACCAAAAACUAAAAAGAUGGAGGAGUUAGACAAAGAAAUCCUGAAUACUUUCAAGAAAGUGGAGAUAAACAUUCCUUUGUUGGAUGCUGUGAGACAAAUUCCUAAAUACGCCAAGUUUCUCAAAGAAUUAUGUACACAUAAAAGGCGUAUUAUGGACAAAGAGGUAGUGAACAUGGGAAGAAACGUCUCUAGCUUAAUUAAGAAGCCUGCAGUCAGAAUGCCGCAAAAGUGUAAGGAUCCAGGUAUGUUUUCUGUUCCCUGCAUUAUAGGAAGUACUAAGUUUGACAAUGCUAUGUUAGAUUUAGGAGCUUCCAUUAAUGUAAUGCCUUUAUCUGUUUUUACUUCACUUCAUCUUGGACCUCUUAAGUCUACUGGUGUGGUCAUUCAAUUGGCCAACCGUAGCACAGUUAACCCUGCAGGUGUGCUAGAAGAUGUGCUUGUCCGUGUGGACAAGUUAAUUUUUCCUGCAGAUUUCUAUAUCUUGGACAUGAAGGAUGAUGAAGGAAUGAGUUCAACCACAAUCAUCUUGGGAAGACCAUUCAUGAUGACAGCACGUACCAAGAUAGACGUGCAUGCAGGAUCCUUGACUAUGGAGAUAGGAGAUGAGAAGGUGCAGUUCAACGUGCUAGAAGCCAUGAAGCACCCAAUUGAAGACCAUUCUUUGUUUUGUAUUGAUUUAUUGAGU